AUGGACUAUUACACGCCGCAGCCAAGUCGUCGACACAACCCAGUGGACAGCAUCUGCCGCAAGCUGCAGACCAUUCAGUGGCGUGGUGACCGAGAGCCCAAUACACCGUUCCAGAUUCCCAAGCUCUCCUCGAGCAGCUACGACAGCCCCCAGUGUGGCCUCAGGCACAACCUGGAAGCCAUCCUGAAGAAGAGCGCCCUCUACAGAGACGAGGGGGAGAGGGGGAAGGAGAAGGAGAAGGAGAAGGUAAAGGAGAAGGAGAAGGGGAAGGGGAGUGGGAUGCCGACCUCUGCAUCUUCCCAGAAUAGCAGCAUGGGUCCCGCUGUCCCUCUGUCAACACCUUCCACCCCUGCACUCAACCCACCAGCACCGGCUAACAUCACGUACACUAUCACCAGCACUCUGGGAGAGAGGCGAGGAGCAGAUGGGAGCGAUUUAAAACAGGUCAAGACUUGGGAGAAGCAUUGUUCAACGCCCACAGGCCAACCCAAGGACUCCCCUUACUUCACGUUCACACGAGGACCUCGGCCCGUGCAGCCGGAGAGCGAGAGGCCGAGCAGCAGCAGCAGCAGCCCGCCUCUGUCUCGCACCUUCACGCCGAGUCUCGACACCCUCUCCUACAACCUCAACUUCUGCUCUGCGGAGACGACGGACUCCCCAGAGCUGUCCUACCCGGCUCUGGUGGUGAAACGACUGUCCAUGGGAGAUGGAGUGGCCUCUGAGAACUACAGGAAGGAGAAUAUGGCAGAAAUCAGCCUCAUCUGCGAGGAGAAUCUGCUCGAUACCAUCUUCCAUGCUUGUGACACGCAGCGUCGAGGUAAAGUGUUCGUGUCCCACAUUGUGGACUACCUGCGGCACACCACCAGCCGAAGCUCACAAGACAGCGGCCUGGAGGAGCUCUGCAACAUGCUGGAUCCGGAACAGAAAGACGUCUCCAUUGACCUGGACACCUACCAUGCAGUCAUGAAGGAGUGGAUUGACGACUGCAGGAACAACGGGGAAGAACCGAUAAACGACCUCACUCAAGACUCUGUCAAAGUCAUCGACAGCCUAUCUGCCAAGAGGUCAGUGCUGCUCAAUAUGACCUCAGGAAGCCUGGAGGCCUUCGGAGGGGAUGCAUCCAGAGUAGACUUUGAAACCUCAGACCUGGUGUAUUGCGUCGCUGACCUCCAGAUGUGGAACCAAAAGCUCCAGGAGGAGGUGAGGAAGCUGAAGCUGGUGGCGGAGAGCAUGGAGGACACCAACCAGAAGCUGGCGGAGGAGAACGAGCAUCUACGCAACCAGGCCAGGGUUAGCCAGCUGCUCGCCCAGAAGGAGAAACUGCUGAAUGAGGAGGUGGAGGAGAUGAAGGCGACUCUGAGCUGUACAGAGGAGGGAAGAGCUCGCGCCUCCGCACACAGCAAACAUGUGGAGAGAGAAAACCAGAGUCUGAUUGUCAAGAUUGCUUCUCUUCAGGAGGAGAACUUCAAGGUCACCAUGGAGACUGACGAGCUCCAGAGGAGGAUAGCCGAGCUGUGUAACAUCAACGACAACCUUCAGGUGCAAAUCCACUCUUUUGAUACCGUGGUUGGCGAGAAGGAGGCUGUGAUACAUGAGAGAAGCAAACAGAUAGAAGAGCUGAGGGCCGCAGUGGAGGAAUACUCCUCCAUCACACAGCUGCUGAGGGCAAACAAGAACAAGCUGGAGAGCCAGGUUCAGAUGAUGCAUCCAGACCUCGCCGGGGCCAGCCUGUCCCUGUCGGUGGCCUACAGGUUGAACCAGAGCACCUCAGGAUCCCUACAGACGGAACUGGCUCUGGCUCAGUCACCACUGGAGGUCAGUCCUGGAGAUGGAGACCUGGACUGGGACGAGGAGUUCGCCCUUCAAGACUUUUUAAAGAACGAGCUGGCGGAGAAGAAAUGCCGGACGCAGGAUGGGCAAGCAGAUCGCAGGCCUGAGGAUACAGGGGAUAGAGUGACAGACAGAGGUAAAGAGGAGAACGGGGACGAAAGGUGGAUGGUGGUGGAUACAGUGGUGGAGGGAGAGGUCAGGGACAUGUCGACUCCUCUGUCCUUCCUCUCUGGGGAGACCCGGCCUGGGCACAGCGUGGAGGAGAGCCAAGACACUGCAGCCUGCGCCGAGUCAGAGACGGAGGUGAACUCUCAAUCUUUGCAGGAAGAGGCAGCAGUGCUAUUAGGCGCCCACUCACAAGCUGUCAGCAUCAGACACCCGGAGGCGGAUGCUCUCCCUGCUCCGUCCCACUCGGAGAACAAUGCAGACGUCUCUGAAGCUGCCGAGUGUCCCUCGGAAAAUGUGAGGAGCUCCCCUGAACAGGAUCAAACUGUCACACCUGGUCAGACCCCUCCCUCAGCAGCAGAGAUGGUUUCCCCCUCCAACACGUCGCAUGGACCAGAGACCGUUACCGCUAAUGAGAGCACCCAGCCGACCUGUGAGGACCAGGAGAAGAAAGGCGAGGCGGACUCGAGCACCGGAGGCGGCAUGAGCUUCGUUCGGAGCCUGAGCCAGGACCAGCUGGCAGACAGAUCGGCACCGGAGGACAGCACGAGCCUUCUACCUGUGUUGGUGGAGGAGGAGGAGAGUGUGCCGGAGAGUACAGCCGAGGCUUCACCAGUAGCGGUCAGCAUGGAAGGGACGGACCGGCUCGACUGCACCAACUCAUCCAGCAGCAGCUCUCCUCAGUCAGGAGCGGCCCUAACACACGCCACCCAAUCGGGGAGCGGCACGGACAGCGUGACCUCUGACCUCGGCCAAUCGGAGGACAACGCAGCCAUAAAGGACGCUGGCAAAAAAAAGAAGGAACUGGAGGUGUCGCGCAGCAUGGAGGCCAUCGAGGAGCAGAAGGUUCAGGAGGACCACAGUGACACCGGCAUGACCGAUGGGAAGAAAACUGAAAUAUCGCUGACCUCUGACGCCUUGAAAGACGGCAGGAUCAGCCUGUCACCCAAUGACAAAGAGAUUGAGGCGGAGUUCCAGCGUCUGGCGUUGGGCUUCAAGUGCGACAUGUUCACGAUGGAGAAGAGACUCCGGCUGGAGGAGCGGUCACGUGACCUGGCUGAGGAGAACGUCCGCAGAGAGGUGUCCAGCUGCCAGGGGUUGCUGCAGGCUUUGACUCCUCUGUGUGAGGAUGACACCCAGUCCAUGGAGAUCAUCCAGAGACUCAAGAAGAACCUGGACAUCCUCAUCCAGUCCAUGACCAGGGUGUCCAGUCGCUCGGAGAUGCUCGGAGCUAUUCACCAGGAGAGUCGUAUUGGAAAGGCCGUGGAGGUGAUGAUCCAGCACGUGGAGAACCUGAGGAGGAUGUACACGAAGGAGCACGCCGAGCUGCUGGAGCUGAGAGAGGCGCUCAUGCAGAACGAGAGGUCGUUCGGAUCACAAACCGAAAGAGCCGGUGUGUUGCUCUCUCCAGACGAUUUCCGUGGCAAGGGUAAGGCCACAUCACAGUACUACAAGCCAUCAACACGCCGGGUCAGCAUAGCAGCGAUGCCUCGCACUGGUGGAGGCAACAUGCACUUUGACAUGUCCAAAACACAAGACGGCUCAGAGGCUGAGACAGAGAGGCUGACCAGGAGAUCCAUGUGGAAUGUGGCAGGGAAGAGCACGGCGCGCCCCCCACUAAAGCGCUUUGUUAGCUCUGCGGCCUGGGUUGACACUGAAGAGCCCGCUCUCAUGAUGAAGGGGACGACCUGCGACAACACCGACUGGCCGUCGGAGGACGAGCAGCAGAAGGAGGAGCCUGUGGCAGAGAGGAGGAGGUCCAGCCUCAGUGAGCUGGGCAACAUAAUCACCUCCUUCAUUCUGCCCAACAAGACUCCGAGCCCUCCCUCCAGCCCAACGUCCACAGACCCCGGAGUGACCCAGUCCCUGUCCCACAGCCUGACCUCUUCCCGGGAAGCCGCGGCAGCAGCUGUAGCCAGAGGUGGCAGGGGGCUCUGGCUUUGGUUGGCCUUAUUGCUGGUUCUGGCAGGUCUCCUGGCACUGCUGGCCAGUCUGGUGAUGCAGCCGGUGGUGGACGCUGCCCCCGUGGGGACCGGAGACUCUUGGAUGACCAUCCAGCAGCUGCUGUGGCCCUACGCAGGGCUCCGGCACAACGGGCAACCCCCUGUCUAACCCCCGAGACCCGGGGUGGAUGGUGCUAUAUCGCCCAUUAGCCUUCAGCAGAGAUUUGUCCGGGCACUGGUGGGCGGUGAUGAAGAAAGGACAGUGCACCACUCCUGAGCGGAGGCCUCCUGGAUGUUUAUCGGUGCCUGACGAUUUCUAAAACCAAGACUCUUUUUAUUUUGACUGCACUGGCUAGCCCUCAGGGGAAAGUUAACCCUGUGGAGGAUUUUAUACGUCACAUCACGUUUGCUAAACUAGUUAGUCUGUGUGUGUGUGUGUGUGUGUGUGUGUGUGUGUGUGUGUGAGAAUGUGUGUGUCCGUGUUUUAGGAGAGCGAGCAGAUACACGUGGUGUCUUGAACCGCGAGCUGCUUAAUAUCUCAAACACAACAUGAUGCAGUUUUACUUUGAGUGCUGCUGGCAACAGUGAACCCAACACUUAAAUCCAAUCAGGCUUGAUCCGUCAUUAGAGCCGAAGCAACACUGACCAAUCACGUCACAGCUUAAUCAGAACCUUAGCACUGAUGCAUUAAGUCACAGAAAGGGCAGCAGUGCAGUUUUCCAUUGACAAACAUCAUGGACAAUGGCUUACAUUGUGCCAGUUGGCUUUAUUAAAACACAUGUCAUGCGCUUGACAGCACAUAAGACUGCCAGCCUUUUUAAAUUAAGAAUAUUUCCUUCCUUUCAUUUGUAUUCUUUUAAGUCUACAGACACUGGUAAUAAAACUUGUAAGUGUUUUUUUUAUGUGUUUUUGAAAUCUAUAUUUAUGAGUUUGUUAGUUCUGAGUGGGGAAAUGUGAAUGUUUUAUUUUUGUUAAGUUAUGAUUCUGCUUUGUCUUGAACACCAAAGUUUUUUUUUUAUUAUUAUUUCCUCUACGUUCUUGCUGUGGUGGUCACCGUUUUCAACUUCGUACACUUUUGUAUGUUCCAAAGAAGAUGCGUGAAACUUUGCACAAAUAAAGUAGCCAAUUCUACAAUUGCU